UACAGACUGCGAUCAAAAUGCAAUCACUGUUAAAUAGAGUAUCCCUACUAAAUACAAUCAGUAUCCCAUGGAAAAAUAUUAAGUGUUUCUUUUAUAGUCCCAUUCAAACCCCCAUCAUCCUGUUUAAGAUCACAGCUGCUGUGUGUGUGAGCGAGCCAAACGACAUCUUGACCUCAAAACCCUGUUGCACAUCUGGGCGGACGCGCAUGCGCAUUAAAACUAGGUGAUCUACCCGAACUCGCAAAGAACUUUUCAAACAAUUUAUCUGGAUCUUUCCAAGUAAUCACUCGCAAAAACCGACACCGAGCGGUUUGUUUUACGGGUGGCGUAAAACGGACAAGUGAAGAAAUCAGAUGUAGUGACGUUGCAUGUUCACAGGAAGAUAAACUUUUCUACAAUGCUAUAAAUUGGACAAUGUUGCGCCAGACGGGGGACACAGAGCCGUUGUUUUGAACUUGGCAUUGCUUUAAUGUCACUUCAUAAAGAAAACGUCAUUCAAGUCAGUUUUUGGCCCCUUUUUAUGAUUUUAUACCGCGGAUGCAAAACACGUCGUCAUGACAAAAGAAACUCUCUGGACCGUGGCAAUCACGGCGACGUUUUUCUUCGGUUUAUGCUUUUCAACCCUUAAAGCAGAAACCCCUUCUUGUCACGGAGCCUACGACCUUUACUUUGUUUUGGACCGAUCUGGGAGUGUUUCGACCGACUGGGAUCAGAUCUAUGACUUCGUCAAAAAUCUAACAGAGAGAUUUGUGAGUCCAAAUAUGCGUGUGUCCUUCAUAGUGUUUUCAUCGAAAGCAGAGAUUGUGUUAAAGCUCACUGGAGACAGGUCAAAAAUAAAUGAAGGUCUGAAGUUUUUAAAUGCUGUCAAACCAGCAGGAGAAACUUACAUGCAUGAAGGAAUUAAACAGGCAACUAAACAAAUGCAAGAACAGAUUAAAAAGUCCUCUAGUAUCAUUGUGGCUUUGACUGAUGGAAAGCUUGAACCAUAUAUCCAUAAACUCACUAAGGAUGAGGCUGAUGAAGCAAGGAAGUCUGGGGCUCGUGUGUACUGUGUUGGCGUAAAGGACUUUGAUGAAGAACAGCUCGCCGAUGUGGCUGAUACCAGGGAGCAAGUGUUCCCAGUCAAAGGAGGCUUUCAAGCUCUCAAAGGCAUUGUUAACUCGAUCCUCAAGCAAUCAUGCACGGAGAUCCUAACAGUGGAGCCGUCCAGCGUCUGUGUGAACCAGUCCUUUGACAUUGUUUUAAGAGGGAAUGGUUUCACACUGGGUAGACAAACAGAAGGAGUGGUCUGCAAUUUCAUAGUGGAUGGAUCUAAUUACAGGGUGAAGCCAAGCAAGGUGAAGAAUGACUAUGUCCUGUGUCCUGCUCCAGUGCUGUAUUCAGUGGGACAACAAAUGGAGGUUCUGAUCAGUUUGAACAAUGCCACAUCGUAUAUCUCCAGUGCUUUCAUCAUCACUGCCUCCACAUGUUCGGACGGCACAGUGGUGGCCAUUGUGUUCUUGGUGCUCUUUCUCCUGUUGGGUUUGGCUCUGAUGUGGUGGUUCUGGCCUCUCUGCUGCACUAUUGUUAUUAAAGAUCCACCCCCCCAAAGACCUCCUCCACCUCCACCUAAGCCAGAGCCAGACCCAGUACCCAAGAAAAAGUGGCCAACUGUUGAUGCAUCUUAUUAUGGGGGAAGAGGAGCAGGUGGUAUCAGACGCAUGGAGGUCCGUUGGGGAGAGAAAGGGUCCACAGAGGAGGGUGCACGGCUAGAGAAAGCCAAGAAUGCAGUGGUGUCAAUACAAGAGGAGACAGAAGAACCCAUGAUCAAAAAGCCACCCACAUCCCGACCAACAUACCAUCAAUCUGAAUCCAAGUGGUAUACUCCAAUCAGGGGUCGACUUCAGGCACUGUGGGCUCUUCUGCGGCGACAAUAUGACCGAGUUUCACUCAUGCGCCCAACUACCGCAGAUAAGGGACGCUGUAUAAAUUUCAAUCGGGUGCAGCAUCAACAGACGACAGCAUCCCGUCUCUGAAAUACUUUGACUUCCAAGUAAAUCAGAUGGAACAACAGAAAAAAUAGUGUAAUUUCCCUGAGAUGACCAUAGCUUAUCAUUGGCCACUUUAGAGUAUCUUGUUUCAGCUCUUAUAAUAUUGGCUUUCCAAAACUUAUAAUUCUGAUAUCUCUCAAGCUACUGAAUGGCAAGCGGAUGACUAAAUAGAUUAACAAAAAAGAAAUAAAUACAAUUCUGAUUUUGCAGCUGAUCUGGUUAGCUUUAAUGCAUAGCAAAGGCUUUUUUCGUGUUCUGACCAUAUUGUGCCUUCUGCGAGGGAAAAAAACAAACUAAUCUUAUGGACACAGACGGAGGCUAUU